UUGCUGUGUUGCAUAGAUGGCGCGGCGAACUUGUAAACUGCGUAUGCCGAACUGACGUUUUUGGUUAUUUUUGUUCUCGCCUCGUGUUUACUUUAGUGUCUAAUUUCGGUCCAAUUGCGAAAAUUCAGUUGUGCAACAACCAAAAGGUUAAUAUUUCGUUCAUAUAAGACAUAUCCGUACUUUAUAGUAUCGAUCCGCUCUUCCGGACUAGGUAUAUGUAUACAUUAUUAUCACGUGGUGGUGUGGUGGUUUAUAUAAUUCUUGUUUACCGCACAAGUAGAAACUUUGCGCAUGUGCGUCCCGUCAGUAACCUCAAAUUCUAAAGGCACGGGUUCGGCAGGUUCCGGAUAUCCGGGUCGCGACGCGGCGGCGGCGGUUCUCGCGGCGGUAUUGUGAUGUGCCCUCGUGCAAGGCGUUCGCGCCCCGCGUGUGGACAGCGUUGGUGAUAUCUGUACGCGCGCGCCUGCCAUGGCCCAGACUCAGUUUACGCGAAGCUCGGAGAGCGACGCGUGGGCGCUGCUCUCUUUGAAGUCUGCGCCCCCGUCACCCUCCAAGGUGCAGUGGGCCCAGGAACCGGCCCCCAUCGCGAUCGCGAGGCUCGACGGCCGCGACUUCGAGUACCUCAUUCGCCAGAAGCGUGUCGUGAUCGGCCGGAACUCUAGUAGAGGCCAAGUGGACGUUAACAUGGGACACUCGAGUUUCAUAUCUCGUAAACAUCUCGAACUAAUCUACGACCACCCCGAGUUCUACCUGACGUGUAACAGCAAGAAUGGAGUGUUGGUUGACGGCGUGUUCCAGCGGAAGGGCUCCGCCGCCAUGCUGCUACCCAAGAGAUGCACACUUCGUUUCCCUUCCACGAAUAUUCGACUGGAGUUCCAGUCGCUGGUGGAGGAGAGCGGCGGCGGGGCUGGAGGUAGCUCCGGCCAGAUGCCUCCGCUGCGCAUCACCAUCCCCUCAGACAGUGAUGGCCGAAGCCCUGCGCCUUCGCCUACCGGUACAAUAAGCGCCGCCAACAGCUGUCCGACGUCGCCACGCGGAGCUGGUUCCUCGGGCCGACGGCACGCAGACCUCGGUCUCGUAGCUCACUACGCUGCGCUGGCAGACCAUGCACGGCCCAACUCUAAUGGGACUGCUGCGUCUUCCUCGAACUCUGACUCAGGCUACGGCAGCACGCGCGACGUGCGCGAGGCCCGCGAGCCCCGCGAGGCGCGCGACGACGCGAAGCCGCCGUACAGCUACGCGCAGCUCAUCGUGCAAGCUGUCGCCUCCGCGCCCGACAAGCAGCUCACGCUCAGCGGCAUCUACAGCUACAUCACCAAGCACUACCCCUACUACCGCACUGCCGACAAAGGAUGGCAAAAUUCCAUUCGUCACAAUCUAUCGCUCAAUAGAUACUUCAUCAAGGUCCCGCGCAGUCAAGAAGAGCCCGGCAAGGGUAGCUUCUGGCGCAUAGAUCCUCAGAGCGAAGGCAAACUGAUCGAGCUCGCCUUCCGUCCGCGGCGUCCUAGGGGCGUGCAGUUUCGGGCACCCUUCGGGCUCUCUUCCAGGAGCGCGCCGACGUCACCGUCGCAGGUGGGGGUGUCGGGGCUCGUCACGCCCGAGGAGCUCUCGCGCGAGCCCACUCCUGACCUCUUCCCUCCGGAGGAUCAGGACCAGCAGAUCAACUCCUCGGCGAGUCAGCAACGGUUGAGCAGCAAUAACAGCCAGUCGACGCAGUAUCUGUUCCCGCAACGUAGCGGGGUCAGCCAGAGUGCGCCCGGCUCGCCAGGCCACGGCCUUGCGUACAGCGCGGGCGGCGGCGCGCUAGUGAUGGCUGGACACCAGAUCACCGUAGUCACCAACGGAGCCGGCGGAGAGAGAGAAGAGAAGUAUGUGGUGGGCACGACUGGUGGCAACCUGGUCUCCAUCCAGGAGGAAGAAGUGCCCGCCAACGUCGUCAUACACCAGCACUCUCCCUACUACGGCGGUGGCUACGGGUCUGGUGGAGGCGAGGACUGCGGAGCGGUGGGAGGCGAGCUCGUCAUCUCCGAGGCAGACCAGCUCGCGCACCCGCCGCACAAGCGGGCCAGGCACAACAACGUACGUAUAUAUACACCUCGCGGACACAGGCGGGCCAGGCACAACAACGUACGUAUAUAUACACCUCGCGGACACAGGCGGGCCAGGCACAACAACGUACGUAUAUAUACACCUCGCGGACACAGGCGGGCCAGGCACAACAACGUACGUAUAUAUACACCUCGCGGACACAGGCGGGCCAGGCACAACAACGUACGUAUAUAUACACCUCGCGGACACAGGCGGGCCAGGCACAACAACGUACGUAUAUAUACACCUCGCGGACACAGGCGGGCCAGGCACAACAACGUACGUAUAUAUACACCUCGCGGACACAGGCGGGCCAGGCACAACAACGUACGUAUAUAUACACCUCGCGGACACAGGCGGGCCAGGCACAACAACGUACGUAUAUAUACACCUCGCGGACACAGGCGGGCCAGGCACAACAACGUACGUAUAUAUACACCUCGCGGACACAGGCGGGCCAGGCACAACAACGUACGUAUAUAUACACCUCGCGGACACAGGCGGGCCAGGCACAACAACGUACGUAUAUAUACACCUCGCGGACACAGGCGGGCCAGGCACAACAACGUACGUAUAUAUACACCUCGCGGACACAGGCGGGCCAGGCACAACAACGUACGUAUAUAUACACCUCGCGGACACAGGCGGGCCAGGCACAACAACGUACGUAUAUAUACACCUCGCGGACACAGGCGGGCCAGGCACAACAACGUACGUAUAUAUACACCUCGCGGACACAGGCGGGCCAGGCACAACAACGUACGUAUAUAUACACCUCGCGGACACAGGCGGGCCAGGCACAACAACGUACGUAUAUAUACACCUCGCGGACACAGGCGGGCCAGGCACAACAACGUACGUAUAUAUACACCUCGCGGACACAGGCGGGCCAGGCACAACAACGUACGUAUAUAUACACCUCGCGGACACAGGCGGGCCAGGCACAACAACGUACGUAUAUAUACACCUCGCGGACACAGGCGGGCCAGGCACAACAACGUACGUAUAUAUACACCUCGCGGACACAGGCGGGCCAGGCACAACAACGUACGUAUAUAUACACCUCGCGGACACAGGCGGGCCAGGCACAACAACGUACGUAUAUAUUCACACCGCGUUCGCGCCCGGCACGCUAGUGUCGCGCUGGCGACCCGCUAG